AUGUCCACAAUCGGCCUCAUGUCGAAGACAACAAUGACGUACACAGUUGGGACAAUCGUCAGGCUCGAGCACAGGCGGUACUGCAACCUCCAUACAGGACAGGAGAACAUGCCAGUUGCCUCUUCCCACUCCAAGCGAGAGCCCAGCAAGAUAGUCGCGAGCUUGCUAGAUUCCGGUUCACCACUAAAGCCUGUCGGCUGUUCGUGCGGAAGAACUUUCAAGAAUCAGCGUGCGCUUCACCAACAUACAUCAAGCUCCGCGGUACACAAAAAGGAACCAGAGUUGCGAUCGGAUCCUGUAGCUCCAGACCAGCUCGUCAAGUCCAAUCCAGACACACCGUUAACAACAGCAACCAGGGCUCUUGCUCCAACCACGGCAUCCACCUCGAACAACAUCCAGUGUGCCUGCGGAAAGAGCUUCACAAACGCCAAGAAACUUCAGAACCACCUGCGUCACUCAAAGACUCAUAGGAGGAACAACGGAGCACCUGCUCCAAGCUCCAAAGCCGUGGCGCCGCCUCCAAGUGCAGUGCAAAUAGGCCCGCUGCCAGGGACCAUCCCAACCUCAAUGCCGCCAACAGCGUCGUUCUUCCACUGUACUUACGGCGGGAUGUUUGAGACGAAAGGGGUCCUGGCACUGCACAAGCGGGAUUGGUGCCGACAGGCCAGUAAGACUGAGACAUGUAGUGAAUCGUCAGAUGCUUUCCUGGCUGCUUGCCUCGCGAAUUUAAAGUUGAACUCGGUCGGAGCUCAGCCCGAGCCUUUGGUAGGCCGGGAUAGCUCUUCAUGCAGAGAUGGAUUCGCCAAUCAAGCAGCGCUCGGUCAGCACAGGUACCAUGAAGCACGAUGUGCGGUCCGGGAAGGAGGCGGGAUCAAGAACAAAAAGUUCUACACACCGCGGCCGAAGUAUCAUAAAGACGAGUAUCUGGAGGAUUGGGUGGCGCUUCAAAACCUGCAAUAUUCAAGCAUGUAG